AUGGAUCCUGUACCCUCACGGCCUUCAAGGAGAUAUCGUAAUGUGUUUGGUAUUGAUAUUCCCAUCAUAGAAUGUAAACGGGAAUUUUCUUUACCACACAAAUUUCCAAGUAUGGUUAAUUCAUUAAAAAACAAGUGCAUGCUUAAAGAUUACAAGACAGUUACUAUUGCUAACCCAGAAGUAUCUAAUAGUCUGAAUGAAUCAAAGAGUAAAAAGAUAUUGAGUACAAAUACUAUACAAAAAUUAAGGAUAAAAACAAAAGAUGGUAAAGAUCUGGGAGAAGUUAAAGUACAAUUUUUGGCUCAAAAGAAUGUAUUAAAUACCUCACAGGUUGUUUACACUCAGCAAACUCCAACUUAUAAAAAAAAUAAUCCUCCCAAUCUAUCUAUUGCUUCACAAAAUAAUGGUAGUAACUUAUUGAAAUCAUUAGGAUCUCAGUCUCAUAUACUAAAUAUACAGAAAGAUACUACAGGACCACAAUAUAGUGUAGGAUCAGAAAUUAUUGUAAAAUCUGUUUCUUCUCCUGGCUUAUUGACAGAUAUUAAUAAAAAGUCAGAUGAAACACAAAAUGAAAACAUAAACAUACAUCAUAUUGUAAAUGAAAUAAAUAAAAUCAAUCAAAGUAACAAAUUACUGUUAUCAAAUGAGAAUGGACAUAAAUUGUUUCAUAAUACCCAAGAAACUGUAGAAUUAGAAAAUAAUAAUUUAGUAUUAUUAAAUAAAAAAAAGAAUGAAGAUUUAUUCAUAGAAAACAAAUGUACCUACGACAGCGAAAAAAAAGAUGUAAUAAAUGAAAGUAUCUCUAUAGCAACAAAAGCAGAGAUUCCAAACGAAACAAAUGUAUCAGAUGUUAAAAACUCUAAGACUCAAUUGGCAAAAUCAAAAUUUCCUAUAGUAAAAUGUGAAAAGUUAUCAAUGCAGAAAACUAAUGCAAAAGAAAUCACUACAUCUUCUACAAAGAUAAAUAAAAAGAAACGACGUUUUAACUCGAACACGUCUUCUAGAAAAAAGAUUAUUAAAUUAAAUAAUGACAUAUUUAGUUCAAACCCCACUGAAGUUAAAAGACAUAAUGUAAAUAUUUUAAGAAAGCCAACAAAUUCUACACAAAUGGAACUUCAUAAUAAAAUUAAUGAUUGUAAUAAAAGUGAUUUUGUAGUAAUAUAUGAAAAACCUACAAUUACGGAUCAAUAUUUCAAUAAUACACAGGAUGAAAAUUAUAUUUCAGUACUUGUAAAUAAUCCAGAUUCAUGUAAAGACAAGAUAAUUUGUAAUAAUAAAGAUAUACAAAACAGUGAUUCUAAAUUUGAAAGGAGUAAUGAUAUAACAAAAAAAAAAGAAAUUGAACAUAAUACAGAAAAAGAAAACUUUUCAGAUUGUUUAAGUGUAAUUAAAGAAGCAUUGACUAGUGUGAAGGAUGAACAACUUCGAGCUAAAGCUUUGCAUGCUCUUGCAGAGUGUGGAAUAGGCAUAGCAAAGGAAGUUCCAAUUACUCCUCCUGAUAAAUUAAAAACAGUUCAUGAUUCUCAAAUCCAAACUGAUGUAUUUGGACUUCUUGAUUUUGAAAAUUUUAUAUUAAUGAAAGCAGACACAUUUGCCCUAGAAAGGAUAAAGCAUAGAGAACGUUCAAGUAUUAAUUCUCUACCUCUCAUGAAAGAAGUACAAGUACAAACAGAAACACAAAUGCAGCCCAAGACAAAACAGAAUAAUUAUAUUAACGAUAUAGAUGUUUUACCUAUGUGGAAUUCAGUGCCUUUACAAGAUACAAUAAACUUAGAUAAUUUCUUAAAUGAAAAUUUAAAUAACAAUCCUAAUACAAAUAGAGUAAAAGAAGUAUUAUCAAUGCCACAUUCCUUAUGUAAAAAAAUAUCCAUACAAUUAGAAAGGGACUAUGAAGGAAUGCAGCACUGGGAUGAUAAUGGGUUGUUAAAUAUACAUCGGGCAGUGAUAGGUGAUCAACUACAUACAGUACAGAGAUUAUUGGUAGUUUUAAAAGCUUCAAAAACUAAUAUAGAUGUAUUAACAGAAAAUGGAAUGACAAGUUUGGAACUAGCAAUUAAGUUUGAUGUAUCUAAAAACAUAGUAAAAUUAUUACUAGAAGCAGGAGCAAAGCCAGUUUUAUCUGAUCUCCUUCAUGACUCUGCAGUAAUUUUAGCUAGCAAAUUAUCAUCUCCAUUUUUAGUGGAUCUUUUAAAUUAUGUAACAGAACCCAAACUUUUAAACCACGUGGAUUUAUCAGGAAUGGCUCCAUUGCAUUAUUGUGCAUUAAAUGGAUAUUUAAGUGGGGUUAAUGCUUUGAUAAAAAUGGGGGCAGAUGUAAAUCUACAGGAUAAUCAUUCAGGAAGAACACCAUUUUUCCAUGCACUUGAAAAUGAACAUACACCAGUUGCGCAAAAGUUAUUAGAAUAUAAUGCAAUUGCAGAUCUACCAAACUUCUCUGGGCAGUCUGUUAUGAGUUUGGUAGAUGAGGCAAAGAGCCUUUCAUUAAAGGUUGCAUUUAACUAA